AUGAGCAAAGGAACAAACGACUUGGUCGACAUUUUGGUGGCAAAGCUCAAGCGCCGCCAGCUAGUUGGCUCCUCAGCAGUCGCCCAGGCAACUCUGAAGCUGCUCAUUGUUGUCAUCUCCAAGAACAACUGGUCCAAGGCCAAUGACCUGCUGAACCUCGUUCGAUCCGUCGGCCAGAGGCUGAUCGAGGCCAACCCCACAGAGCUUGCUAUCGGUAAUAUUGUCCGUCGUGUGCUGCAUGUCAUUCGAGAGGAGUUCAGGGAUGCUGAGGCGAGCUCAAAGUCAGACGACAACUCUGAGUUCCAAUCAGCUCCCCUGACAACAUCAUCGUCCAUGUACAACCUCUUGAGCGAGACGGGCUCGGAUGACAAGGGGUUCACCCACGCCUCCAGCAACCUUCGAAGCGAUAUUAUCCAGGAAGUGCGGGAUAUUCGUAUUGAACUGGACACCAUCUACGAGAACAUUAAGAACCAGGCCACCAACCACAUCCAUUCAAACGAGAUCAUUAUGACUAUUGGUCGGUCAAGGACCGUCGAGGAAUUUUUGAAGAUGGCAUCUAGCAAGCGCAAGUUCCAUGUCUUGGUCGCCGAGACCGCCCCCUCAUAUCUCGGACAGGAGAUGGCGUUAGAGCUCUCGAAGGCAGGAAUCGAGGCCACAAUCAUUCCAGACUCGGCCGUGUUUGCAGUCAUGUCGCGUGUCAACAAGGUUAUCCUCGGAACCCAUGCAGUAUUGGCAAACGGAGGUCUUGUCGCCAUCUCUGGCACACAUAUGAUGGCAGCAGCAGCCAAGCACCACUCAAUUCCAGUUGUGGUGUGCACAGGGCUGUACAAGCUGUCGCCAUUGUACCCCCACGAUGAGGACAGUUUUAACGUCGUGACGAACCCCGAUGCAGUUCUUGGAUUCGAGGAUGGCGACCUGAUGGAGAAGGUGACAGUGACGAACCCGUACUACGAUUAUGUGUCGCCCGAGUUUGUAAACCUGUUCAUCACCAAUCAGGGCGGCCAUCCUCCAUCUUACCUCUACCGUCUCAUGUAA